CCGGCCCUGCGCGCAGGUCUCGGUCCCCGGUGGUUCUUGGGGACGCAGCGGGGCGCAGAUUCUUAGUCCUGGAGUGCGAGUCUGACCCUGGCUCUUGCCCGGGAAAAGGGGUGCCUGCGGGUCCGAGUGCGGGCCGAUCUCCCUCCCUGGGCCCCGAGACGCCCCGGACUCUGCGGCGACCCCUCCGGCCGCCGGGGACGGAGCCCUUUGGGGACGGAGCCCUUUGGGGACGGAGCCCUUCGGGAGAGGAGGCGACUCGAGCCUCUCAGCAGCCCGAGCCCCAGCGCCCUGUUCCGGCUGUGCGCGCGCGGCUCUGGGCGGGUUGUUGACUCGCUCAGAGUUGGACUCGGGCUCCCUUUGUGUCCUCCAGGCCCCCGAGCCACCUGCCACCUACUAGGGGGCCGACGGGGCCUUGUAGAAGUGACUGCGCCCCCCGGGAGAGUGUGCUGGGGGCGGGGGCGGCGCGGUGCGGGGAGGUGGACGAGAGAUAAGCAGCUGCUGGCGGGAGAGACCUGUCCCCCAGCUGUCUUGGCCCCCUGGCCGGCGGUGCCCAGCAGCGACAGCGGUCUCCGACUGUGCCCACGCAGGUCCCGCCUGCUGGGGAACAUCGUGUUUCAGUAAAGCAACCCUAUUGGACUCCUUAGCCAGCCAGUGGCCGAGGGUCUCUGACUUUUGAAGGAAGUAGAGGGAACCUCUGGGGCCCAGGGUGGGAGGCGCAGUCGUUUUCUGAGGAUCCAACCAUGAUGCUUGUCUUCCUGGGUUUGAAACUGGAAGUCAGGGCAAACCACCUUGUUGACUUAAAACCACCGGGUCGCUUCCUCUCCUUUACCCCUCACCCCGCCCCUUGCAGGCGUGGCACCCCUGGCCCCGCUGCUCUAACCAAGGGGUCUCCCCUUUAUCCUGUCUCCACAGAGCACUACAAACACCACUGGUUCCCCGAGAAGCCUUCCAAGGGCUCCGGCUACCGCUGCAUCCGCAUCAACCAUAAGAUGGACCCCAUCAUCAGCAAGGUGGCCAGCCAGAUCGGACUCAGCCAGCCGCAGCUGCACCGGCUGCUGCCCCGAGAGCUCACCCUGUGGGUGGAUCCCUACGAGGUGUCCUACCGGAUAGGGGAGGAUGGCUCCAUCUGUGUCCUGUAUGAGGAGGCCCCGCUGGUCGCCUCCUAUGGGCUCCUCACCUGCAAGAACCAAAUGAUGCUGGGCAGGCGCAGCCCCCCCAAGAACUACGUGAUGGCCGUCUCCAGUUAGCUCCCCUGCCCCCGACUGGGCACUCCACUGUACUCACCCUGCCUGGACAGCAGGCCACAGCAUACCUCAACCUGGGGAACUGUAUUUUAAAUGAAGAGCUAUUUAUAUAUAUUAUUUUUUUAAGAAAAGGGGAGAAAAAAACCAUCAAGAUUUUUUUAAAGAAAAAAGUCCUUAAAGGGUGCUGUGUGGAAGCGGCCUCCCCAGGUGCCUUUGGAGAGAACUGUGGUGGCUUCAGUCUGGGGGGGAGGGGGGGUCAGUGUCUGCCUAUGGGAGGGGGAGCCGCUAGGAGUGGGCCCGACCAAGGGGAGGUGGGAGAAAGCUGGGCCAGCACCUCAAGAUGUGAGAGGGAACAAGCGUGGUUGGCAGCUGUGAAUGGGAGAGAUGGGACCUCGCGGACACCUGCAUCCCUGACCUCAGGGCCAUUCAAGCCUGGACUGAACUCGUGUUGCCUAAUCUUGACUUUUAUUUUUCUGAUGAGAUCCUGGGCAGAGAGUGAUUCCUUUUGUCCCAAACAGCUUUUCUUAAAAUCAUCACUUGUUUCUGAUUCUAUCCUCAGGGGGCCUGUAGGUAUUGCUUCCCAGCCAGGAAUCUAAAGCUUUCUGUUUUGUGGGAGUCACGGGAGUGAGGCAGGGUUGGAGGUUAGGGGGGGACUAGGAUGGCAGGGUACUCUGCACAAAACCUCUGCUUGGCAGUGCGCUGCUCCGUGUGUGAGUGUGCUGAAUAAUCCAGGGGGCCUUGCAAUGGACUUUAAGACCCAAAGAGUGUCCUCUGUGUGUUUACAAAACCCUUCUUUCUGGAUCCACAUGAAAGUGCUAAUGCUGCUGCCAUUAUCCCUUUGAGAGGUGGCUCAAAAGCUACUGGAACUCCAAGUCCUUUGUUACUGCCUUCUUUUUAAAAGCACAACACUCCUCUCUCACUCUCCCCGCUCCUCUCCCCUCUGGUUGGGUCGUGGAGCGACCCUAUUUCCUCAGUCACUGUGCAAUAUGGCCUCCUAGUCCAGGAGGAUGUGGAGAACUGGCCCUCAGAACCUCCUGGCGCUCUAGGGAGCUGGGGGAGCCAUCUCUCCCUCUGUCCUCGGAACUGGCUGGCUGCUCAGCCUUGCAGGUGUCCUUUGGCUGACCCCAGAAAGCCCAAGUUCUCCAGGAUUCCUGGGUAUUCUUGUAGGGCUGACACUAAACACCAAACAUUGGGCAUUGUUUUUUUUCUCCCUGGUGCUCAGAGCGCCUCUGGGAGAGGUUGCUGUCUCUCUCAGUGCAAUCCAAAUUUGUCUGUAGACUUGUGCAAUAUUUACUGUUUUGGGUUGGAGAAAAAUGGAAAACUACCUUUGGUUUCUCAGUGACAUUAGUGAGGGGUUCUCAGAAGGCCUUGAGUUUCCCAAACCUGAAUCACCUUAAAAAGGACAGAGCUAGGCCAUCUGGUCAACCUGGCUACCCUCCUGCUAUUGACCCUUAGUGAGGAACCUUCUGCUCCAACCCCCAAAGUCCCCUCCCCACCGCAUCCCCCUUUCCUGGGUUUCUUAACUACUCAAUUCUGACUCAGAGGUGCUAUUUACCAAACACUCUCCCAACCCAUCCCUGCCUAUUCUGCCUCCUCCUUUUCAACUCUCUAGACCCAAGCUGUUUUUCCCAGACCCUGUUUCCAAUCUUAAUUGCUUUAAAGGGGACUUGGGGCCCCACAGACCCAAGAGCUUCUAUUCUGGCCUGUGGGUUGAAACAAAGCUGUGAAUCACUGAAGAUUUCGUUGUUGCAUGCUGCAAACAGGUCCUGCCUUUUCAGAAGCAACCUCAUGGUCUCAUGCUUAAUCUUUUCUCUCUUCUCUUCCUUUUGACGUUCACUUUAAACAACUAAAUGCCCAGAGCUGGACUGUUGAGCAGGCCUGUCUCUCCUAUUAGGUAAAAAUAAAUAGUAGUGCAUUUGUAAGCUAUUCUGAAAGAAAAGACAAAGGUUACUAAUUGUAUAAUAGUUUUUUUAUGGAAGAAUGUACAGCUUUAUGGACAAAUGUACCCUGUUUUGUUACUUUAAUAAAACUGUAGCAGAUGAA